UCUCUGUGCUUGUGUCACAGGGCGAAGACAAUCAAGAAUGUGGUGACAGUGAACGAGGAACUUACAGCCGAGGAAUGGAAAAGACGAUAUGAAAGGGAGAGGGAUAAAGUGAGUCGGCUGCGGGCUCAACUGGAUCGCAUGCAGGCAGAAUUGUCCAGGUGGCGCGGUGGUGAGACUGUCUCUGCAGAUGAACAGGUCAAUCUGAAGGAAGCCUUCCAGGAGGCUAAUGCUACCACUCCUGGUGCUGCUGGAGAUAUUAUACCUGGCUCUUUCCCCAACCCUGCCACCUGCUCCACCUGUGCCAGUAGUGGCUGUUUCUGCCCUGUCUGGAGACGAACGGCUAACAUUUGAAGAGGAGAGGGAACGACUAUACAAGCAACUGGAUGAUAAGGAUGAGG